AUGGCGGAUAACGUGAUACUGCACCUUAUAAAAAGGGUCCUGACUUUAUGUUAUAGAAUCGUCAAACUAGUGCUGUCAAUAUUGUUGUUAGGCCUGGCAUUUAUAUUCAAGAAACCGCUUGAUAUUCUGGACCGAAAGUAUAGGAUACGAGAGGAUUUUUACAUCAUUCCCUUCUUUCUUAAAGCUCUGGUGCGCUACAUUAUAUCAGUGCGUCGUAACAGAUUCCAAUAUUGGUAUACAUUCAGCAGACAAGUCAGAAAGAAUGCCGAACGUACAGCUAUCUGCUAUCCAAGACCCUCAACUGUCAAAGGCGAGUAUGAGGUGGAAAAAUAUACCUAUCAGGAAUUUUACGAUAUCGUGUUAAGACUUUCUCAUGUUAUGCACUACCAAUAUGGCGUUGAGGCCGGAGAGCAUAUUGGUUUAGACUCCACUAAUAAACCGCUAUUCUUAUUUUUAUUAUUUGCUAUUUGGAAUAUUGGUGCCAUUCCAGCUCUGUUAAACUACAACAUCAUGGGUAAGCCAUUGGUGCACUCUUUGAAGACUGCCAGUGUCUCCAAAGUGUUUAUUGAUCCUCAAGCUAGCAAACCGAUGUUAGAAUCAGAAGAUUUGAUCCGGGAAACGUUACCAGAUACGCAGCUAAAUUACAUCCACGAAGCUGAUCUAAUGCGAGUGUUAACCAACCCUAGUAGUCCGGAAUUUCUACAGCUUGAUGAAGUGAGAUCACCAAAAGGUCUCACAGACUACAAGCCAGCAAUGUUCAUAUUCACUUCAGGAACUACGGGUUUACCGAAAUCAGCCAUCAUGUCAUGGAGGAAAGCCGUAUUUGCAUGUAAUCUUUUCAGCCAUGUAUUCCAUAUGGAUAAGCGCAGUGUUGCCUUUACAGCUAUGCCCUUAUUUCACUCUACUGCAGCAAUGUUAGGUCUAUGUGCCAUCAUAUCGCAAGGUGGUUGUCUCGCAAUGGCAAACAAGUUUUCAGCUACGAAUUUCUGGAAACAGGCCUACUUAACAAAUGCUACUCAUGUUCAAUACGUUGGUGAAAUAUGUCGGUACUUACUUCAUGCUCCUCCUUCCAAAUACGAUCAUAUGCAUUCGGUGAAGGUGGCCUAUGGUAAUGGUUUGAGACCCGAUAUUUGGCAAAGAUUUAGAAAGAGAUUCAACAUCGAGAGUAUCGGAGAGUUUUAUGCUGCCACAGAAGCACCUUUUGCGACAACAUGUCUCCAAAAGGGUGACUUUGGUGUAGGUGCCUGUAAGUCUUAUGGCUCUGUCAUCAAUUGGUUCCUUUCCUUUCAACAGGUCCUGGUGCGUAUGGAUCCCGAAGAUGACUCUGUAGUUUACAGGAACGCUAAAGGCUUAUGUGAGAGGCCUGCUGUUGGUGAACCAGGUGAACUGUUAAUGAAAAUUCUUUUCCCAAAGAAACCAGAGACUUCUUUCCAAGGUUACCUGGGUAAUAAAAAGGAGACCGAAUCGAAGGUUCUGCGCAAUGUUUUCAAGAAGGGCGACGCUUAUUACAGAUGUGGCGAUCUGUUCAGGGAGGACGAAAACGGAUUGCUUUACUUCUUGGACAGGCUUGGUGAUACCUUCAGGUGGAAAUCAGAGAAUGUAUCGACAAGUGAAGUGGAGGAUGAAAUCAUGUCGAGUAACGAUACAGAUUUUGCUCAAACAGUUGUAGUGGGUGUUAAAAUACCAGGAUAUGAAGGAAGAGCAGGUUUCGCCGUGAUAAAGACAGUGGAUAACAGCUUGUCUGAUGAAAGGAAACUUAAUCUUUUGGAAGAUUUGCUGGCCGAUCUCAAUAAGGAACUUCCCAAAUAUGCUCUUCCAAUUUUCAUCAAAUUAGUCGACGAAAUUGAAAUGACAGAUACGAAUAAGAUUUCAAAAAAAACGUACAAGAAUCAAGUGCUUCCUCAUGGCCCUGGCGGGGAUGAAACGAUCUACUGGCUCAAAGAUUACAGUGAAUACAAGGUUCUCACUGAAAAAGACUGGGAAGCUAUCAAGACGCAAAACGUCAAGUUAUAG